UUUCUGUUCUUAAAAUAAUAGGAAUUAAAAAAUUUAAAUAACAUGUCCUCACUGUAUGACAGCUAAAUUUUGUAUGUAAGUUGGUACAACUUUAAAUGACAUUUGUACCAAAUUUCAUGUCGCUACGAUCAUUGGUAAUUUGUUUACAGUAGUUGUGUAAGAAGUAUUUUUACACAGCUACUGUAAAGUAACAAUCCAAAAAUUGUAUUAACUUUUGUCAUGAACGAAAUAAACGCAACAAGAACGUUAAAUGUUGCAGAAAACCUUAAAAACAAAUUCAUUGCAUGUUAUCAAGUUUAUACUGAAAAGUGUGUUCUCAGGAGUUUUUGAAGAGUGAAAAAAUCGCUGGCAUAAUGGGGAUAUAAAAUAAAUAUUGAUGAAUAAAUUAAUAUAGUUUAUGUUUUAUUUAAACAAUUUCAAUUACUUUUGUGGAACAGGAGUUAUUUAAUGAAAUAAAUAAAAACACUUCUUUUAGUUAGACCGAAAAAAUGAUUCUCUUCAUGUUAGAUUUAAAUACAGACUAUUCACGUAUAUAUUCUAACCUCAAUGAACGCUAUGUAUUUUGAUAAAAUUAAAAAAAAGAGAGAGAGAGCAAAGAAAAUUCUAUAAUUUCAAGCAAUGUUUGUAAAUAAUAGAACGACGAUGGAAUGAAAUACAUACACAACACUGACGUAUUCUGCGGUAAACGCAUAACUUAUUGUUAGUGUCCCUAGUAACAGUAGCCAUUAUCCCUAGAAUUCGAGAUAUUCAUCGACGCGUCGACCCUACGUAGAAAUCUCUCAUCCUCUUCUAUUCCCAGCACUUGUCAUUCUGUGGUUCGACGUAUUACACCGCGAAAUGAGACACUUUCGACGAACCUGACAUACUACAUGUCCAAUAUAACUUGUAUCUGUGUACUGGUGAAGAUGGUGGUUGUGUGUACGUAAGUACUUACGUACACACUCCACAUACACAAUCCAAAUGCAUAUGCAAUCGUGUACACCGCGUUACUUCGUGCAGUCGAAAGAUACUGAAUGAGUUUAGUAGCGUCGAUAUCAUAUACGAUCGAACAACUCGUUGAAAAGCUCUCGACGAUAUCGUUAACGACGUUGUCGUUGUAUGUGAAGAAAAAGAAAAAGAAAAAGAAGAAGUGACGAAUCGCGACAAUGACACACCCGUGGAAAGUUAUCACGUAUAUGAGUAUGAUUCUUUGAUUAUUAAUUCAGUGAGAAGAAGAUAAAAAGACACGGACAGAGGAAAAGAGAUAAAUAGAACAACACCAACAAGGAAAAAAACACGCAAAAAAUUACUCGCGAUUAUAAAACUAAACUGUAUCAUUAUCGAUAUUUCUCGUUUUGUGACACGUUAUGUCAAAUUAAAAAUGAUAACAUACUACAACCGCGUAAAACGUGCAUUAUAAAAUAAAAGAAGUAAGACUGUGGCGAUUUCUUCACGUCCCAUAAGUUAGUGAAAAUAUCUGAAAUUCUACUUAUGUGGCUCCAUUUUCGACGCUUUGACGAUCGAAAGAAAGUUAAUAACGAACUUCAAAGUUUACGAAUAUUCGUAAUAUUUCUUGCUUCUUCUUCUUAUUCUUCUGUGUUAUUCCAUAUAACAAACCAGGAAGGAUCUUAAGCCAAUUCUAUUUUUGAUUGAAAAGUUUUAUCUUUUACAUAAGAGAAAUGAUUCAGUGCAACAUGUGGCAUUUGUCCGAUAUCCUAAUAAUAAACCUUAUUAGAAGAAAGAAAUGGCUAGCUUGAUGGUGACUUCGUCAAGUAAGAACAGCUCACGUAGCACUUCUCCUACUAGAGGGAAUACAUCUUUAUCUCAAGCGCAUUACCAACAAUCAUCUAGUUUGGAACAUACACCAAAAGCACGUAAUGCUCCAAUCUAUCAGACAGGAGAAGGUAGCACAGGCAGUGGUAGCAGCUGUGGUGGUUGUGGGAGUAGCUUCAGCAUGAAAGGCAGCAGCAGACAAAGAUCACCAGGUACUUUAAUUCGCAUGGGGGAUGCUAUGGAUGAAUCAAACGGUAAUCCAAUCACUGCCGAACCAGAUGAGUUUGUGCCAAAUGUUCAACCUCCAACCGAUGAUGAAGGAGAACAAUAUCAUACCAUACAAUCGUUCCUAUCAAAUGGUUCUUCUGAAUUAAUAAGUGAUGAUGUGGACUCAAGCGCUUCACGAGUUCGACAAGCGAUCGAACAUAUUCAAAGUAAAAUAGCCAGAACACGUGAACUCAUACGUACCGAACAAACAACUCGUGAUGAAAAUGUUAACGAAUAUUUAAAAUUAGCUGCGAAUGCAGAUAAACAACAAUUAACUAGAAUUAAAACGGUAUUUGAAAAGAAAAAUCAAAAAUCAGCAAAUAGUAUUUCCCAGUUACAAAAAAAGUUGGAUAGUUAUCAAAAAAGACUAAAAAGUUAUGAAAUGAAUGGUGCACCUGUAGGUCAUAGACAACCAAGAGAAGUACUUCGUGAUAUGGGACAAGGAUUAAAAAAUGUGGGUGGCAAUAUUAGGGACGGAAUCACUGGUUUUUCAGGGAGUGUCAUGUCAAAGCCAAGGGAGUUUGCACAUCUUAUUAAAAAUAAAUUUGGAAGUGCUGACAAUAUAAACACAUUAUCACUUGAGAGUAAUGGCUCAACUUUUUAUGUAAACGAUACACCACAUGCAGGUAAUGGUGAUAACGGUAGUGUUGAAGAAGAAAAAACUCAUCAUGGAUCAGCUACUUUACCUGGUGGCUGUAGUCUUGGAUCUACGCACAGUGCUGUGGCAAUGAAAUUUCCAUCGGAAGAAGGUUCAGAAUGCUCUAGUGUAACAAGUGAAAGUGGACCAGGUAGUAGAGGCCAAGCCCAUACUUGUCACAGUAAUAAUGCUGCGUUUAGUUUCAAAACUGUCUUCUCGGAACUUCAAGAACACAGAGAUAGUCUUGAACGAAUGAGGGAAAAAUUAGAUGGCUUAAAGGCUUUGCAACAAGAAGUAACAUACUUAUCACAUGGUCUACAAGAAGAACGUUUUCGAUGCGAACGUCUCGAAGAACAAAUCAACGAUUUGACCGAACUUCAUCAGAAUGAAGUAGAAAAUUUGAAACAAACAAUUACAGAUAUGGAAGAAAAAGUACAAUAUCAAAGUGAAGAUCGUUUAAGGGACAUACAUGAAAUGUUAGAAAGUUGUCAAACGAAAAUAUGUAAGAUGGAACAUCAACAGCAACAACACCAACAGUAUGUUACGUUAGAAGGUCUUGACAAUAGUAAUGCAAGAGCAUUGGUCGUCAAGUUGAUAAAUAUAGUGUUAACAGUACUGCAAGUUAUUUUACUACUUGUUGCAACAGGUGCUGGUAUUAUGGUGCCAUUCCUUAGAACCAGCUGUACUAAGCCUCAUUGUUUCAUGUGCAGGGUGCGCAUACUAACGACCACGCUCGUUGUAUUGGGUAUAGUGUUCGUGCUCAAACAAUGGCCAGAGGUGCAUGAUGUUGGGAGUCACCUCAUGCGCCACCUUAAACAAACGCUCGCCAUGAAGUAGCAUUGGUGGUAUACUUAAAUUUAAUGAACCCAGUGAUGAUGAUGCAAAAUUGAUUACAAUAAUCAACGAUUGGAGCCAUUUACAAAUGCUGCAUUGUUGGAGCAAUAACAUCAUAUGUACGCAAAUAUAAUUGUUCGUGUUUAUAUAUUUAAUUAGAUGCAUUAUUAUUAUUGAUUUAAUUGAUAUAAAAUGCAUCUAUUUGAAGUUGUUUAAUUGGUAAAAAUGAUUUGAUUUAUUUAUUUAUUAUGCUAUUAUCUGCAUAAUAGCAAGUAUUUUUCUCCAAAAGACUAUUAAUCAAAUUAGUAAAAAAAAAUAUAUUAAGUAUUAUUUAUAAAUAUAUUUUUUUCUUACAUUAUUUGUAUAUUUAAAUUUUGUUUAAAAUCAUUGGAAUGGAGUUUCAUCUUGUACGACGGAUACAAUUAUUAUUCCUUGUAAAAUAAAGUCCCAUUUUUUCUUUGAAAAAAAAAAAAAAGACUUUAGGAAAAAUGAUUGAAGGAACGUAUAUCCUAAUGUUAUUGAACCAUACUAUGAAACGAUAUUACAGUCAUGGACAUUUAACGUAAGGUGUCGAGACAUGUAUAUGAACACUUUUCCAUGUAGCUCUGCUUAAACACUCAUCUUAAUAAACACUAAAUGAGGACUUAAGAAUUGAAUAAUAUG